AAACUCAAAUAACUCCUCCUCUCCCCCGGCUUCAGCGGUUCAGCUCCUUCACAUACUGACGUACACAUCUCCUCGCCGAGGUUGCUCCGUCCGGUGGCCAGACCGUGGUUCUUGGCGCUCUUGGUUGGUCGGGGUCCUUGGCAACCGGACGUCUGGUGUUCCUGUUUCGACCUUGAACUUCUUGGGGGUGGGGUUUUGGGGGCGUCACCUCCCUGUUUGUUUCUUGGGUUGAUGUGGCGGCGGCGCUUCCUGUGACCGGAGGGGCCAAGGAGGUGGGACUUUUUCGGUGAAGGGAAAACUGCGGGAAUGGAAGGCGAGGCAGCGGCGGCCGAGGCGGUGGCGCGGAUACGGCUGGUGCGGUGCCCCAAGUGCGACAAGUUCUUGCCAGAGCUGCCCGCCUACUCCGUCUACGUCUGCGGCGGAUGCGGCGCCACUCUCCAAGUCCAGCAUCCCAAAUGGAUUUCAUCUCUGAGUGACUGACAUCUGCAAGGCAGCAGGAGAGAGACUUAAAAUUUCGGUUUGAAUGCCUUCUCUGGUUUGUAGAACUAAUCAAAGAAGAAGAAUUCAGCCCAAUCUUCAGAUGAUGCUGACAAUGGAAAUGUGAAAUACCUUGAAGUACUGGAGUGUAUUCCACAGGCAUCUGCAAGAAAACAUGGAGCUAGUACUACUGAUAAGUCAGAAACCAGUAAGAUUGCAGAUGUACAUAGCAAACCAGUUUAUGGCAAUCAUGAUAGGAUUCAGACAGGGCCAAGUCCCUCAAAUCUGAACACUUCUAUUAGAGAUGAUGGCAAGGAGGCAAAGUACCGACACAUUCGUUAUUGCGAGAAUGGUGAAAUGGGGCAAUCAUUGAGAGUAAGAGACAUGUCCCCGAAGUCUCCAAUCAAUCACAUUUCAGACAAUAAUCGGAGUGAGUACCACUUGAAGCAGAGGUACAGCUAUUCUACUAAGGAAUGCCCUGGUGAAAGAAACUUGGAUGGUCCAAGCAAAGUCAGGGGACUUGAGAAAGACCGCGCUGAGAUCUUGAGGAUGCUUGAUGAGUUGAGAGACCAGGUACAGCAAUCUUGCAAUGCGACUAAUGGGGCAAGUGGAAUUGCCCCAUCUACUGCAGCAGCAGAUUCCAACAGUUCACAUGGUACUUCUGACCGGUUGAGUCAAUUGAGGCAGGUUGCACCACAAUUGCAUCAGAAUGGUUCACAUCACUCCCCAUCCUUGAAUGUUGGAAGUCCUAGCGUUUCUCGUGUUUAUGCUCCGCUGCCUGCACAACAAGAUUGUGUCAGAUAUGCAGAGCCUAUUUCACAUGCUCGAGCCUCUAGCUAUCCUGCCAGCCUCUAUCCAUGGAGAAAUUUUGAUAAUUAUUUCUUUGGACAGCAUGAUCCCGAUCCUCUUCUCUCUUGCCGCCAUGAUGGCUUCUAUCACCAAGCUGCCUGUUCUUGCUUGCACUGUUGCCACCAAGAAUUCUUGCCUAUACAGGGAAAUCACAUAGGCUUCCAUGAUCAAAGGGCACCAUAUCUUCUGAACAAUUAUGGGGCUUAUCCUGUGGACAGUCCCUUACUUGGUCAGCAAAGAUACAGUGCAAGAGUUACCAAUACUACCUUGCAGCAGAAUCACAUGAGGGUCAACGUUAGCAAGAAGGCUGCACAGACUUGUGAGCCAGUCGCAGGUGGUGCUCCAUUCACCAUAUGCUGCAAUUGCUACGAAGUUCUACAGAUACCAAGGAAACAGUCCCUGUCAGGGAACGAGUAUAAAUUGCGUUGUGGAUCAUGCUCACAUGCAAUUAUAGUCAAGCUUGAUGGAAACAGGCUCAAUGUAUCAGAAUUUGCACUAUGUACACGUUUAUCUGAUGGACAGGAAAAUGACAUGGGAACCGAUGGGCAAACUCAAGACAAUAGGUCCAUUCCAGCUUACCAUUUAUCUGUUGGAAGUCCUGCAUCUCAAGAACGAGAUCUGCACUCAAAUUUGAGCGAGUCAGAGAACAAUCAUACCCCUCUAGGAACUGACUCAGAGGGCACUUCCCUGUCCAGGGAUCUUCCUGCUGAAGACAGUGCAGUUUCCCAUGUACCAAAUUUACCACAUCACAGUCAUUCUGGAUCAUCUCCAACUGAACAUUUUGGAGUGGGAAGUAGAAGUACCCAUUCUGAACCUGAAAAAGUUAUACUAUUAACUGAAAGUUCCAAGCAGACCUCAGUUAGAGGUAUAUGUGUAACAAACAAGAUGCAAUCUCCAAACAAUGAGUUUGAUGUUCCUGAAUACACAGAUGAUACAUUAAAUGACCAACAAGAUACUGACCACCCUAGAACAACAAAGGCCAGUGAUUCCUUUCUCACUAAUCUGAUAAAAAGGAGCUUCAAAAUUAAUAAUGGAUUGCGCAACAGAAGAGCAAGGGUUUAUGUAAAUGGCUUUCCUAUCUCUGAUCAUGUGGUCCGAAAGGCUGAGAAGCUAGCAGGAUCAAUCUGCCCUGGCAAUUAUUGGUAUGACUACCAUGCUGGCUUCUGGGGCGUUAUGGGACAUCCCUGCCUUGGCAUGAUACCGCCUUAUAUUCCUGAGUUCAAUUUCCCCAUGCCCAAGAACUGUGCUGGUGGAAACACCAGCAUAUUUGUUAAUGGAAGAGAGCUUCACCAGAAGGAUUUGGAUUUACUUGUCACUAGAGGACUCUCUGAUUCCCCUGGUAGAUCUUAUGUAGUUGAAAAUUCUGGAAAGGUUUCAGAUGAAGUAUCUGGUGAAGAGCUUUAUGGCCUUGGAAAGCUUGCACCAACAGUUGAGAAAAUGGGGCGGGGAUUUGGCAUGCGCAUCCCAAGGUUCAUCAAGCGACAGGCCAACUUGGUACAGCUAGACUUCUAAACCUUGAAGGCAAAUCGAUGGGGCGUGGAUUUGGCAUGCGCAUCCCAAGGUUCAUCAAGCGACAGGCCAAUUCGAUCUACCGUGGUUACUUCAAUUGUGAAGAAAGUUCCAUUCCAUGUAUCUUUCUUUUUUUAUUAUAUUCCGAUUAACAUGAGGCCUAGUUUAGUCAAUCAAGUUUAUUGUAAUUUCCCAUGCAUUUGUUUUUACUGAAAAAUUCCCUUUUUCAUUUACAUGUGCAAGAACAAUGAAGCAAUUACCUAGUUGAAUGGCAUGAAUUGUAUCAAAUAAGGGUCGGUUUGCUUUAUAUUAAAGCCAGCUAUUCGGACUGUUGCAA